AUGGACAAAAAUCCUCACGGUGCUACGGGAGGGGACGACCAGGACGCGCCCUUCGAAGACCCGGAGGAUGCUGUGGGUUUUGGAGCUCGGAGGUUGCUGCAGCGGCUGCCAACGAAGACGUACGGCACAGCAGGAAACCAAGCGACCGGCGCAUGGAUUAAGACGAAGGACUGCACAAUAGCCUGUUCGACGCGAGUUGGAAAGGACGGUACUCAACCAGACACUUUGCACGCCAUGCACAUGCACGUGUUGUUCGUUGCGUUGGGGGUGAACGGGUUCGAGGGCGUCAUGGAGGUGUUGGGGGCGGGGCGUCUUUCUGUCGGUCCGUUACCGUUGAUACCUCUGUGCAGCGUGGCAAGACAACGGUAGGAGGGGGUUGGAGUGGGAGGAUGACCUCACGGCCUUGAAAGUAUCACUCCCGAGGAGCCGGCUUCUUGUGCUUGAAAAUACCCGUAACAUUUUUUGUAUUGUCACACCCCAACACAGACGGUGUCGCUCUGUCUUCAUGGCAUGUUUUAUUUUUGUUGGAUGGGGGUGGGUACGUUGCAUUCAUUUGGCACACUCGGAAAAGCGACUCGUUUUUUUCGGUCGCUUCUCGAGGGGUCCCGGCGCAGCAACAAUUGUUUCUGAUCGCCAAAAAUUAAUGAAACACGUAUUUGAACAAGAAUCUGUUGUUUUUCAUUUAUUCAUUAGUCCGCGGAUGGAUGCAGUCGAAAUAGAGGGUGGUUCAGUCCUUCAGGCGUGUACGCUUGAUACCCAGGGUGCCUCCUCUAAACAGUUGGGGAGAUGGUGGGCAGGGACAAACAGCUUGAGUACUUGGUGCAUGAUUUCCACGCGACGAAACUAGGACCGUCGGGCUCACACCCAGCCUGAUUGAGAGGCUGUAGACAGCUGUCACCAAACUCGCAUGAAAAUCCAAAGUGCUGAAACGAACCACAUACCCGCCGACAAGUAGCCGAGGCUAAGUGAGGUAGGGUGCUCUUUUCCACGGCAAGGUGCCGAAAAAAUGCAUACGUUUCUGAAAAUCGCCAGAACACGUGCCCUAGUCCUACGUCGCAAAACCCAGAAUCGUGUUUAUCUCAGACUCGGACCUCCACUUCCCUCCGUAAGAACCUUGGCGCACGUCCAGCAGUCCCUCCAUACAAAACGACCCGCUCCGAGGAUCGUCCUCACACCCGAAAAAGGCGAGUUGGAGCCUACGAGAAACCCUUGACCGCCUCGCUUGCCUGUUUGCGAUGGAGACGAAGACAAGGACGGAGUAGGGACGUGCAUUUAGGGUCGGUCACAACUAACUAUGUACAACUACAUGUACGCGCAAGGACUGGCAUGAAGAAGACUAUCAUGACCAAAAUUUCCAGCGGUGUUCAUCAGUAGCAAUCCACCGCGGAGCGUCUUGCGUCUUGCUAGUAUUUCACAAUGUCAUGGAGCAGAGCGGACCCUUUUUUUAUUCCUCCUGGGAUCAUGGAACUGAACGGUGCAUUUGCACGAGGAGUUAGAUUUUCAAGUUUCGCGGGGUGGAGUGGCACGGUCGGUACGUCGUUCGGUAUAUUUUAACUGAGUGAUUUCUUACACCAGAGGAUGAACCGCGAGAACCCGGGGCCUUGGCGACGGUGCACCAUCAGACGGUGUGAAAGUCAUACAGAAACAUGACGGAGUUUUUACCUGUGUUUCGUGAAACACUUUGUUGUAGUUCAUACAUCGAAAACAUCGGAUCUUGUGCACGGUGUGCGGGCCGUUUUUUUUUAU